GCCCAAGCCAGCCAGGAAGGAGGAGGCAGCCAGAGUGGCCACCACUGGUCUCUGCAGCAGAAGACCCCCUGCUGCCCUGCCCAACCGAGCCCAGCACUGGCCAGGGUGCUUUCCAGACGAGACCCUACAACGGAGUCAGGACCUAUCUCGGAAGUGUGCUCCCACACUUCCUGCGUCGUGACACCGCUGCCCCUAUGCAGACAGCAGGGUGCCGUUGACAUUUCCAAUGCCUUGUUCUGAAUUUAAUCGCUGUGAUAUAGAGCAAGGACAUCGUAUAUCUGGCGUGAAAAAUUUGCUGGGUUUUGGGGUUGUUACUUGUUAGUUGCUGCGAGGCUGCUCCCCCUGCUGUUUACGUUCUGAAUGCGACUUGCUCGAAUGGAGGCAUUUUGCUGCUGUUCCAGCAGCUAGACUGGAAAGCGCCCUGGUCUGUUGGCUUCUGGCCAGAACGGCAGGACUGCAUCAUUGUGGCUUCUCUAAGGCCAUAGCUGGAUGAAACCCCUCCUCACCUUCUCUGGUGUUUCCACUUCUCUUUUUCAAAGGAAGAAUCGGAGAGAAGAAGGGUGGUGACGCAGGUUGGCUGGGAGCCUUCCAGCUGCCAACAGAUGUUCCUUUAUGCCUCUGCCUUCGGGCUGUGUUUAUGGGACAUGCAGUAACUCUUUGCACAAUGGAAUGGGCUCUGUUGCUACCCUGGAUGCCGGCAAUAUUUCACACCAUCGCUGGGGUGUGUGUGACUUCAAUUGGGUCUCAAUCAGCCUGCAGACUUGGACUGGAGACAGACAAUCGUUCUAAGAGCUGAAAGAGCUCACCAUCAUUGUUUAUGCCGUGUGGUGUACUCUCGUUUCCUUCUCUCUUUUUUAAUCCCACGGCCAGCUCUGUUCUUGUGCUUCAGAAACUUGCAAACCCUGUGAACAAAGGGGAUACUGGGGCAAGGAAGUCCAUCAGAGGCAACAAUUGCUCAAUUGCACCACCUGUAAACCACUUAAAAGUUAUCCUCUGUCUCCAGCCUCAGUCAUUGAGAGCAUAAGAGCAUCCCUGCUGGAUCAGGCCCAAGGCCCACAGUGGCCCGCCAAAUGCCUCUGGGAAACCCACAGGCGAAAAGAGGUGAAAGCAUAACCCUCCCCUGCGACUGCAUUCCCAUGGCCAUUUGGAAAGACCAGUGCAUUUCAGGGGGGCAUGCCCCUCGUCAUUCACUCUAGUACACUUCCUGGAGUCUAUAUGAUCCUUGACUUGUAACCGAACCACCCAAAUGAUUGCAUCUAUCUAAUUGAGGGGUGUGGAGGAAUGAGGCCUAGACCUCUUGGGUUUCUGUAAAUAAGCCCCUGUAAUUUUGUUAAUAUUCCCAGACUUCUUUUUGUAAAUAGCCCUUAUAUUGUGAAUGAGUUAUAUAUUGCAUUCAUAUUCCUAAAACUUCUGCAUGAUUGUCAAUAGGAUUUCUGUACUUGCAAAUCUCUAUGUGUGGAGAAAGUUCACACUUGCUUAUCUGUAGUUUGACGGUUGAUAUUUUUUUGGGGGAAAGAGAUUUUGACAAAUGGAGGGAGUUUCUGUUUGAGUUGGGGAACUGUUGGGCCGGAGAAAGUGUAUACUGGAUAUUGAGAGAGUUUGAGAGGGUUUAGUCAAGUCAGAACUGGAGGUUGCAGAAAAAGGAAGUCAGUCUGAGAAUCUGCUGUUGUCGAGAGGACUAAGGAGUCCAGGACAGCACUGAGUCCAGAGGAGUCAAGAGUGAGCAGUCAGCAAGAAGAGAAGUUUUGAAGUUGUGGGAGAAGCCUAGCAUGAAUUCCCCGAAUUCAUGUAUUCCCUGACCUGGUCUCAUCCUGUGGUAGGUACGGUAUCUGAGAUGGUAGAAGAAGCAACCCACACAAAAGAGAGAGCUUCAUACCCGACAGGAUCUGGAUCUGACUCUCUGCUCUAAAACGGCUUCAGCCUCAUUCAGCUCCCAUAGCAGCGGAUUGUAUCGUUGGGGAUCUAUAGCAACCUCAGAAGGGGGCCCUGUGUGGAGACUAUUUUAAGACUGAAAAGCCUCCCAGGCAGUUUACCUUGGUGGGCACUCGGCCAGCUGUGUUGAGUUCCAUGUCAUGCAGAGAUGUCCGGAUCAGGCUUCUGGACUCUCCUCUUCACAUGUGUGGCUUUUUCCAAAGUGACACCAGGAUCAGCGGAAACAACAACCAGGGAAGAAGCAGUCGGGCAGUCUUUGAAUUCUGUUGCAAAUUGUCUGAAAAAUGAGCUGGACGAAGCCAUGACAGCCUUUGAGGCACUGCUGGCAAGAUGUGUUUCCAAAGGUCAGCAGCCUCUAAGGAGAGCUUUAAAAAAUGUGGAGACAUUGCUGGAAGUCAGUUGUCCGGAUGAUGCACCAGACAUCAUGAUGCACCAAGAUAUUUGUGUUUGGAUGUCCAAGAUAACCCUCCAGGAUUUCCCAGGGUUGAACAUCAGCAAUGACAAGAUAAUGACGCACAGCUGCUCAAUGAAGCCCCGAACCCAGCACGCCAUGCAUUUCCCACGUGAGCUCGUGGAGAGAGUCCCGAACACCCCAGCAAAGAACAUGCGACUUACCUGCAUUUACCUGAAAGCGUCUUGUCUCUUCCAGGAUGCAAAGAACAGCACCCUGUUGAAUGAUGACAUUAUAGGGGCCAGCCUUGGAAACACCAGUGUCACCAACCUCAGUCGACCAGUGGAGAUACAAUUUUGGCACAACUAUACUCUGGACAACACCAGUGUCACCUGCGUAUUUUGGGUGGAAGAACCAGAUGAAGGGGACAUCAUGGGCAGCUGGAGCAGUGACGGCUGUAAGACCCGCAGCCUGGACGGGAUGGUGGUGUGCCAGUGUGACCACCUGACCUACUUUGCUGUCCUCCUGCAAAUCUCACCAGGCCCUGUGGACAAAGCUUUACUGGCUCCUCUGACCUAUCUCACCAUCAUUGGCUGCAGUAUCUCAGCUUCUGCGUGCCUGAUCAUCAUUUUCUCGUACUUUUGCUGCAGGAAAACGCCCCACGACUCAACCACCACGAUACACAUGAACCUCCUGGGGGCCCUUUUCCUCCUCAAUGUGUCCUUUCUGGCCAGUGAGCCCGCGGCAUCCCUCGGCUCCCUCUGGUGGCUGUGCAGGAUCACCGCAAUCGUCCUCCAUUACUCGCUGCUCUGUACCUUGACCUGGAUGGCCAUUGAAGGUUUCCAUCUCUACCUGCUGGUGAUCAGAGUCUACAACUCGUAUCUCAGGCAUUACCUCCCCAAACUGUGCUCUCUUGGAUGGGGGCUCCCUGGCCUCGCUGUGGCAAUCAUCUUCUUGAUAAAGAAGGACGUUUAUGGCACCCACACUGUCAGCACCAGCUCUGCUUACAGGGAUGGGACCAUGUGCUGGAUCACACCCCAGUACCACAUAGUCCACACUCUCAACCUGGUUUACUUUGGAUGCAUCAUGCUCUUCAACAUGAUCAUCUUGUACAUGGUGGUCCAGAGGCUGAGGCAGCUCAGAACCAAACCACACCAGCAGCAAGAACAUUUCUGCAAGGACACUGUGACCGUUCUUGGGCUGACCUGCCUCCUGGGCACCGUCUGGACUUUGGCUUUCUUCUCUUUUGGGGUGUUCCGCAUCCCGCAGAUCUUUCUGUUCACGAUCCUCAACUCCCUACAAGGAUUUUGCAUCUGCCUCUGGUACUGGGGCUUACGGUUUCACUCCCAGAGAAGCAUCUCUAGCGAGAACCCGCCUGCAUCUCAGUAACUGCAGCUUCACGUGAGAUGGGAAGGGGCUGGGCAAAGGAACUGCAAAUCCCCCAAAGGAGGCUGUUUGCAGGGAGCCUUGAAGACUGGACUCAAAGGCAAAGUAGUCAGCCUGUUGCCACAAUCUAUACAGUUCACAGACAUCAGGACCCAAUCUGCAAUUGUUACACCCUGAUCAGGGGCCAGGCGUGUAGCUCAGUGGGAGAGCAUCUGCUUUGUGUGCAGAAAGUCCCAGGUUCAAUCCCUGGCAGCAUCUCCAGGUCGGGCUGGGAGAGACUCUUGCCUGGAACUUUGGAGAAGCCGCUGCCAGUCAGUGUGGGCAAUACAGAGCUAGGUGGACCAAGGUUCUGACUCAGCAUAUGGCAGCUUCCUAGGUUCCCUUCUAAAGGACACAGGCAGGAAUGCAGUGGCAGAUCCUUUUCCUCAGGGGCAUCAUUAGGGGGUGGCCCAUGGGGCAUACCCCCCUCCACCAAAUUUCCCAGAGCCCUGAAUCUCACCAGCCACCUCAUUGGCAUCUGCAGGACUUUGGGGGGGAGCCAGAAAUUCAAUACUGUGCCGCUGGGAGCAUGCCCGACUGAAUUCAGUGGGAACUGGCUCAAUUCCGGGGGCUGGGGGGACAACUGCCCCCUUUUGCUCCCCACUCCAGAUGCCCAUACCUUUUCCAGAAAGGAAGCACAGCAGUGGAGGAGGCACCUGACCUCACCCGGCUCCUGCUGCUUCCACCUGAAUUCUAAUACUGGAGACAUUAACAAAACACGUGUAAUACUUGCGGGACUGUGAUUGAGCUGAAUUGGACCUGGGUCCAGAUCUUUUAAGUACCUGGCAACACCUGUGUCCUUCCUUUUUGUUCUGCUUUUCAUCGGCAAAGGCAGGUGGCGCCUCAUUCCAGGAGGGGGGCUGCAUCUUGUCUAGCUGCUGCAUGGAGACGCCCCACUGAUGAAGGGCUAUCUAAAAAUCACUGCUAGCUCAGGACCUCGGUGCACCUGAGACAUGGUCCCAAAUUCUGCCCACUUGCCUGCACCCUCCUGCCUCUCACCCCCCUCUUUAAAAAAAGGGUGCAGCAUUUUGGGGGUGUGCCUCACUCAAUAAUCUGCUGUCUGAAGCCGCGACUUCAUCUCGCCUCAUGGAAGGGCCUCUGGUCCUCCAGAUGUUGCUGAACUACAACUCCCAUCAUCCCCAGCCACAAUAAAUUGUUGCUGGAGAUGAUGGGAGUUGUCGUUCAACAAAGUCUGGAGGACCACAGGUUGGGAACCCAGAGUUAGCAGAUAACAUUGGCAUCUGCGAGUAGGAAGAGAACUGAACGGAGUACAUGUACACAAGGCAACCACUAGGUGGCGCUAAAAGCCAAGCCACAAACAAAUAAUAUAUGGGGAAAUCCUCCUUCAAGCCUCUGCAUGUAAAUCUGAUUUUAACUGUGAACUGAAUUUUAUAAACGUGGUGUUGUUCUACUGUCUUUGUGAGCUGCUCUGAGCAGGACUGUACUGGAGAGGCAGGAUGUCAACAUUCUAAAUAAAUCAGUGUGC